AUGACCACAGCCCAGGUGGUGACUGAACAUAGCCCCGGGCUGCCGCCUCUUUUCAAAACCCGCAAGCAAGACGGGCCAAGAGGUCAGCACGUGUUGUGGAGAGCCAGAGUGAAAGGUACAGGAUGGCCAGGCGGGGGUUGCGGAAGACCAGCGGGCGAGGUCACAAGUGGAAGAAAGGUCACAGCUGUGUGUCCAACCCCGAGGUCCGCAGAAAACGACACGCCGAUUUAUUUGAAGUCAAGGACAGAGAUUAAACCGGCCUUGAAAAACACCAUACCCGUUUUGUCCACCGCCAUCACCACCUUGUCCCAGAUCAAGGACAAAGUAUAUUACAGACUCACACAUAAGGAAGAGUUGCUUGCCAUGAGGGAGGCGGUGGAGGUGUGGGGGGUCCAGCACACCAUCACAGACAACCUGUAGUUCAUGCUUGGGAUGGGACACACUGGGACAGCCUCGGACAUUCUUUGUAUAUUAGGUCCUUUAGUUCUGGCACCAUCUUUUUAGCAAUCUUCUGUAUCUGUUCUGAUCUUCUUAUAUCCUUUUCAGAACUCGUGGAGACCACACCACAGCUGCAUAUUCCAGCCUU